AUGAAAGAGAGUAUCUAUCCUCCAAUCUCAAACCCUCUCUCACUCAGAUCUCUCUCUUCCCUCCGAUGCAUCUUCGGUCUCUACCUCCCUCUAACAAUCCGCCGCCGCAGUCCACCACUUCUCCACCACCAUGACGAUAGCAUCACAUUGUAUGGCACCCCCAAAUUCCCGAUCUCAUUUCAGCCCCAAAUAGCACCGUCGGUGCGAAACAGACCGCGAUCUACGACGAGAAGUUUUUGCCGGCCACUAAGAAACUUACGAGUCGCCGCUGAGGGCACUCUCACCGGAGCACCUCUUCUUCUACUGCUCCAGAACGUGCUAGAGAUGGCAGUGCUUUUGCUACAUGAGUGGAAAAGGAUAUGUUUACGAUAUAUGUGUGGUAUUGAUGGGUUAAUGUUGUUUUCUGUGAAGCGAACCAAAAAAUUGGCCGGAACCCUAAACUGGGGUACGACAACUGUGGUUGGAGUGUUUGCCGGCAUGUUAUAUGGAGGUAGCAAAGAGGCCUCUGCAUCUGUUUCUUCAAGAAGGAUAAGGACUCGCUAUGCCAUCCGAAGAUCCCGUAGCUCGAGGAUGACCCCAGGAUCUUGCAUGCAUCAGGUUGCAAGUGCAGGAAAUGAAAUUAAUUCAGUGCGGUCAUGCAAGGAAAAAAGGCUAAGCCUGAAAAAUGGUAUUGCCUCUAGAGAAACUGGUGCACUUAAAGAAGCAAAGGAUAAGCUAGAGAAGCAGGUGGAAGACCUUUCACUACGUUUGCAGCUGGAAAAACACCGCAGGUUUAUCAACGAAUGUGUUGAGAGUUAUUGCAAACUCUCAAACUAUACUUAUACUGAACCAAGAGUUUGUGUGAACAGAAUGAGAACUGGAAGAGGCAAAGGAGGCAAAAGCUCAGGAAAUAGCAAAAUUGCAGCAGGCCUUAGAAGAUAUGCCAAGCAAAAUGGAUGA